AUCAAACGCAUACCAUCCGCAAUGCCUCCCAGAAUCCAUUUUGUCCGCCAUGCACAGGGCUUUCACAACAUCAGCCUCGCAAACUGGUCCCUCAUCGACCCCCUCCUCACCGAGAAAGGCAAACAGCAAUGCGUCGACCUUCGAGACCGUUUCCCUCAUCACUCAAGCGUCGAAUUGAUCGUUUCCUCCCCGUUACGACGCACGAUAUAUACAGCCUGGGAGGCAUUUCAGCCUGUGUUUCAAGCACACGAAGAUCUGGAGAUGAUACUCCUACCGGAUCUUCGGGAGCUGAGCGCCUUUCCGUGUGAUACUGGCUGUGAACCUGGUACUUUGAAGGAGGAGAUGGAUGGAGCGGGCGUUCCUGUGGAUAUUGGUUUUGUGCAUGAUGGGUGGACCGAGAAGAGCGGAAGAUAUAAACCUACCAUCGAGACAACGGAAAGCCGCGCUCGCGACACAAGACGGUGGUUGAGAGACCGGCCAGAAAAGGAAAUUGUGGUUGUCACGCAUGGAGCUAUGCUACACUUUCUGACAGAAGAUUGGGAGGAUAGCUGUGCGCAUGAAGCGACCGGCUGGGAGAAUACAGAAUAUCGCAGCUAUGAUUUCCAAGCGACGGGGGAUGCAAUUUUAUUUGAAACACCCGAGUCUCGUCUCCGCCGUGGCAAGACAGGCCUAAUACCUACACCUGAGGAGCAGCUGAAGCUACGCGAGGUUAGUAUACCGCACUGGGAGAGUCAAGGAUAUACAUUGAGCGGUUCGAGUGCUAUAUCGUCCAAAGGGACGACUCAGACUGUAAAGGAGGUUGUAUAGGACUCUUAUAAUAUUAAUAAUAGGGACUAUGUAGAUACAAGGAUUGCUGGCCUAGUGCUAUUACUGGAUUAUGAUUGGAUAUUUAGUCUUACUACAUUUUAAGCGUAUAGGUUAUGCGUACUUUUUGACACGUG